CCUGAUUCUAUGGCCUAUAAAUAGACUAUUUGAUUUAAUUGCGCCCUAGCAGCCAGUCCGACUGCCCUCUUAAUAUAUCACCGAUUUAUAAAAAGGAAACUUUCUUUGUUGGGUUGGUUAAUCUUAAUCUUAUAAAUUAGAAAAACUCGUGUCGUGCGUUUUUUCCACAGUUUCAGACUGUUCCAGGUGCCGUGUGCGCGGAUCGCAGUGAGGUCUCAGUCUGUGGUCUGACUUGGCGUGGUCCAGCCUCGGGUUUCGUCCCGUCUCCUCGGCGUCUCCCGUCGCUCUCGACUUGACUCCGGGUGAAAUGCUCUGGUAGUUUCCUGCGCCUCUUGUCGACAUGGAGCCCCCGGACUUCGAAGCCAUGAACUUUACGGUGGAGUCGGUGGCUCCGACGCACCCGCUCUGCACGGACUGGAGGGAGGGCGCCGAGGGCUCCGUGUUCCACCUCGCGCACAUCCUCCUCUUCCUCGGCUUCAUGGGCGGCAGCGGCUUCUACGGGCUCCUCUACCUGUUCACCUUCCUCACCCUGGGCUUCUUCUGCACCAGCCUCUGGGCUUGGACCGACCCCUGCACCACGGACUCUUUCCUGUGGAGUUUUGCGCUCUUCGCGGUGAGUUUGGGACAAGCGCUGCACGUCGCCUACAGGCUGAGGAGCGUCUCCUUCGACAAGGACUUCCAGGAGCUUUACAACACCCUGUUUAAAAAACUCGGGGUGUCGCUCACACAUUUUGGGAUGAUAGUGGAGAGCAGCGACGGAGAAGUCCACACCAUAGAGAAGGAUCACUGCUUCGCCAUUGAAGGGAAAACCGCGAUUGACAAGCUGUCGGUGCUCUUGUCUGGCAGAAUCCGUGUGACAGUUAACGGAGAGUUCCUGCAUUACAUCUACCCUUUCCAGUUUCUCGAUUCACCUGAAUGGGAUUCUCUCAGGCCGUCGGAGGAGGGCGUAUUCCAGGUGACCCUGCGUGCCGAUAACCGUUGCCGAUACGUGGCGUGGAGGAGGAAGAAACUCUACCUGCUCUUCGCUAAACAUCGCUACAUUGCCAAGAUCUUCGCCCUGGUUGUGCGCAAUGACAUCGCAGAAAAGCUGUACUCGCUGAACGACAAGGCGUUUGACAAGUCCGGGCACCGCUACGAUCUCCGCUUACCAAGUUACUGUCACGUGUCAGGGACCGAAUUAGAAAAGGCAGAUGGUCUCCUGCAAGUGCCAGUGCAGGGUGGAAGAGCUGCCUGAACAUUACUCACACACACACACACAUAACACACACACACUCGGUCUCUAAACAUGUGGAGCUGACUCACGUUUAGCCGUGGCGAAGAGGAGCAUUAGGUUGGACCAUGCUCUGGGGUAGACCGUCUGUGGUUUGAGUUUAAACAGAGGCCGAGCUUAAUUAAAUCACACCUCCACUACUCAGACAGGCAGUCUUUUCUUCUCAACAACCAUCCGUUUAAAUAUUAUUUGGCCACACAAGAGUGAAACAGAAAUAGAACAGUUUGUCUCUGAUUAAAAUCACUAACACACCAGAGAUGUAGUAAAUAUAGCUCAGCAGAGAUUGCAGAAGUGUGUGUGUAAAUGUGUGUGUGCAUGGUUACUAGUUGCAACACGGUAGGGGAAAGUUGAAGCAGUUAUGUUGUGAGGGACCUGGAUUCCUGUAGGCCUCAAAAAGCAAGUCCCCAAAAUCUAAAUUAUAUUUUAAAGUGGAUUUUAGAGUAAAGUUUAAGGCGAGGUAAAGUCAGGAAAUGUAAAUGAAUGUAAUCUAAGACUGUGUAGUUAAACUGAGCCUAAAGAGAAGCCAUUAUACCAAUAAGUAACUCUAGUUUUAGCAUUAAUUCAUGCUUCCUAAACUAAAACCAGCUCCUUCUCUGAAUGCACUGUGUAGUAGCCUGCGUAACGAAUAAGCCAAAUCAAUUGGCAGCUUCCAGUGUCUUAAUCUUAUGUAUGAUGUAUGGGAUUAGCUGUUGUCACCAACAAUGUAGUGUGCAAAUGUAACUGGUUAUCUUCUGCGUUGUGUUGGAUAAAUGAUGACGUGACACAUUGCGAGCUCUCAGAGGUGAUCUGCAUUUAUUCUGCCCGCUCCUGAUCCUAUGUGAAUACAACAUAUAUAAAGAGACGGGAGGAAAAUUAGUGACUUUUCAAACUGGUAAAAGUCACUUUGGCAUCACAUUUCACAAUCUUUGCACGUUAAGGCAGAAACAGAUGUUAUAAAGAUGGUUAAAACAAAAACACACACAAAAACUAUUUUAAAAAGACAGGAUUCAUUGAAAAAAGGAUAUAUGAGGGUGUAGAGAAAUAGCAGCUUCUAAGUGUUUUGACAGACAACCCUUUGUUAGUGAAAACAGAGUUUGUGCAAUUAUAUCAAAAUGUUUUCGUGUGGAUGUAACUAUGGUGUGUACUGUAUUGUCGAAAUAAAUUAUGCUUUAUUUUUUUGUGUAAA